UGCAUUAUUUUCCACUUUGCAUAGAUUGGGGAAACUGAUGUCAGGAAGGCUUAGUUUUCCUGGACACUUAACACAAAUGUCUCUGAUUUCAAAUCUAGUAGCGCCUUUAAGACCCUAGAAGAGCCAUGGUCUGGUAACCACUCCUGCUUGCGCUCCCUGGUGAUGCAAUGGGCACCAGCGGUGCAGGCUGUACCCUACAAGUCUUGGGGGCAGAUGCCAAUGGCAGUCUUCCGGAGAACGGAACUGUUCCUAGAGGCCGGAGCAGCUCUCCGUCGCGCUGCGGGGCUCCCCGCCCUCUCAGGCGCCGGCGACCCGCCCAGUGCACCGUUGUGACCUGCGCUCCCGUCCCCGCCUGAGGCCUAGUGGGGGGACUCGCCGCCGCCAUGCUGCGGGUUCUGAUAGUGGGUGCCGGGCUGACCGGAAGCGUGUGCGCCGCCCUGCUGAGAAGGGAGCUAUCCGGGCCCCUGUACCUCGCCCUGUGGGACAAGGCUGGGGACUCAGGGGGAAGAAUGAUUACUGCCAACAGUCCUCAUAACCUCCAAUGCACAGCUGAUUUGGGAGCUCAGUACAUCACCUGUACUCCUCAUUAUGCCAAAAACCACCAAAUUUUUUAUCAGGAGUUGUUAGCUCAUGGGAUUUUGACACCCCUGACAUCACCUAUUGAAGGAAUGCAAGAGGAAGAAGGAGACUGUAACUUUGUUGCACCUCAUGGAGUUUCUUCAAUUAUUAAGCACUACUUACAAAAAUCAGGUGCUGAAGUCUUCUUCAGACAGUGCGUGACCCAGAUCAACCUCAGGAAUGACAAGUGGGAAGUCUCAAAGGAAACAGGCUCCCCUGAGCAGUUUGACCUCGUUGUCCUCACCAUGCCGAUUCCUCAGAUUCUGGAACUUGAAGGUGACAUUGUGAACUUAAUCAGUGAAUGCCAAAGGCAGCAACUGGAGUCUGUGAGGUAUUCCUCCCGCUAUGCCCUGGGCCUCUUUUAUGAAGCCAGCGUGAAGAUUGACGUCCCUUGGGCUGCACGGUACAUCACCAGUAAUCCCUGCAUACGUUUCAUCUCCAUUGAUAAUAAGAAACGCAAUAUAGAGUCAUCAGAAAUCGGGCCUUCCCUGGUGAUUCACACCACUGUCCCAUUUGGAGUUACAUACUUGGAGCACAGCGAGGAGGAUGUGCAGGAAUUAAUCUUCCAGCAGCUGGAAAGCAUUCUGCCGGGUUUGCCUCAGCCAGUUGCUACCAGAUGCCAGAAGUGGAGAUACUCACAGGUUACAAAUUCAGCUGCCGACUGUCCAGGCCAGAUGACUCUUCAUCACAACCCCUUCCUGGUGUGUGGAGGGGAUGGAUUUACUCACUCCAACUUUGAUGGCUGCAUCGCCUCUGCCCUGAGUGUUCUACAAGUUCUAAAGAAUCAUAUUUAGCAUCUUUCUUCUUAUGCUCUACUUUUACGUUGGGAUUCUUGUCAAGGACUUUUGUUACUGAUUGUUUUGUUUUCUAUUUUGUGGAGAGAAAUUACUGGAUAAACUGUCUUCACUUACUAUCAUUUUUCAUAUGAAAUAUAAAAUCAAUUUUAUAAUUUUCAUAGUUAGAACCUAUAGUAAAGUUAAAAUUUCUUAUACUUUACAGUUUUGCCCUCUUUUCUGAUGCAGAAUGAUUAAUCCUUGUUGGAGGAAAAAUGCUACUUUAAGAGUAACAACACAUCCCCCAAAUCAUGUUAAAGUAACAUUUCACAUGCCCAAACCUUUAUUAUCCUUUUGAAAAUUUCAGUUGUGAAUAAAGAAUCAUUGUU